UCAAGUUUAUAUUGCUCACAUUUCUUUCUGAUUUACUUAAUUUUGAUACCGUACUAAGCUGCCGCUCACAGGAGCUAUAUCAUAAACUAGUACGGGCGGCUAAACGCUUACGGGCACUGACCCAAGGACGUAAAUAUCCGCUGUCAUCAGAUAACUGUGCCGCACCGCGGUGCUGUUGCGCACGGGUAUGUUAAUUAUCACUCAUCAAGCAAAAGGCGUUUGCCGCGAAAUUGCCGCCUGGUGCGUGACCUGAAUAUGUAUAGUCAAACUUAAGCGGCAGCGAUAUGUGGCAUCAAAAAAUAACCAGAAAUCUGCGACGCAUUGAUGUGGUCUUGCUGGCGAAGGUCGCUGAAAGGGCUGUGCUCGCAUUGCAGGUGUCAGCCGUGUAAGAGAAAGCUUCUCAGAGUGUUCAUGGUUUCGAAUGGCGAACACUAUCUGGGUGAUCGAUCUCGAGGCAGGUCUGCCUAUAAUGAGAGUGCGUUGCAGUGGAAACAUAAGCACUGGUAACAGCAUAUUGCUGCUAUUACGCCAAGCGGCCCCAGCCAGAUCUUAAUCUCACGUUCAGAAGACAACUUCGAGGAAACGAAAGUCCUUGUUUGCAUGUACGUGCGUCAUGGACACUUCGGGUUAUUCUCGUGAAUGGUUCGUCCGCAGUUUUACAGAUGCGCUGAUUGCGCGCCUCCACGUCAGCGAUGUGGUCAUAUACGCAUGCAUGAAUAGACAACCUUGUUGCGGUAAGUUCGUGCUCGUUCUGUUCCCGUGCUUAGGCAGACGCUGCGACGCGUCGAACACUCGUUGAACCGCCUCGGGCAGCCCGUGUGGAUUUAGAAUAGGCAUCCGCGCACGGUGAGCGGGCGGGUUUACGCCGACCGCCGAGGAUGGACAUGGGUCACCGGUCGCUGCCGCCGUCGCGCCGCGAGAAGAAGCGGCCGGCCGAGGGACCGCUGGCGGCGAUGGCCGGCGGCGCACCCGAGUGGCUGGACGUGAUUCCGUGCGGUCAGCUAGGCGCUGUCAGGGACGUCCUCAAGGCAGCAGCCGCCGCUGCCGCCGCGGAAGACAAGUCAGCCGUGCCGUCCUGCUACGAGUCUUGCGACUCGACAAGCCUCUCGAGCUUCGACAACGGCUCUGAGGGUGGCGCCGGCACCGGCAAGGAAGCGCGCUCCAAGGACGCCUUCGCGGGCCGCUACUCGUUCAAGUCCAGGGCCGACGAUCACUCCGACGGGGGCUGCCAGAUCACGCGCCUGUGCAUGAACCGGGACGGCUCGGUCCGCUCCACGGGCUUCGUGCCGAGGGUGGCCGACGCUGCCGACGACGAGCCGCCCGAAAUCAUCGUCACCGCGGACGCCAGCCGCUGCUCGGACGACGAGAACGGCAGCCGCUGCGCCAUCGGCCGUGGAUCAUCGUACGCGUCGCUGCCGAGGGAUUUCCUGCGGGUCCCCCGGAGCCGCAAGGGCCGCCUGGUGCUUUCAGGCCCCAAGAAGGCAGGCCGGAAGAAGGGCGCCGAGGUGUUCGAGGUGCGCCGGGUGCCUUCGGACUCAGCCGACUCGGGCAUCUAUACGAGCUUCGGCAAGGAGAUCCGCAGCUACGGUCUGCCGCAGGACACCGCCGCGACUCCUGCCGGCCGCAACAUGCCGACCCCGGAGCCCCAGGUGGCGGAGAGCUCGCUGGCCACGGUUACCGUUCCCGCAACGGUGGCGGCCGAAGCGCCGUCCGACGGGGGCACCGCCGGUUCGGCCCAGAUCGAGAUGGAGCGGCGCCGAAGGCAGCGCAACACAGAGCUGGCCACCAUCUUCAUCUUCAUACCUGUGCUCAUCGCCUGGGUACUUAUUGUGCCAUUGGUGUUGUUUUCCUACUCGUUCGAGAACCCGUACAGCAAGUACUUCGAAGUGGCGCUGUGGAUAUGCAUUCCGCUGUCCACGCUGGUGCUUAGCGCCACGUGCCUCGUGAGCAACGUUUACUGGUACUACGACAGCGAGGCUGGACGCUGGCGGUACCUCAUACAUUGUGGAAAGGGACCCGCUGGCUUUUACUGGGGUGACGUGCUCACCGAACCUGGCAACGGGAAGCAGCAGCAGGUCGGCGGCGUGCAGGUCGUCUAACAAAAGACACAAUGACCCCGACGGAAUGGCCGAGACGAGGUCACGUUUCCACGGGCAGUCCCUGUGGCACGGGACAGAGUUGCAAGUUCUGUGCCCUGCACUUACACGAGUCGUUGGGGGCAGGAUCCACUCAGUGGUUCCGUUCAGGAAAGGGCUGGGUUAAUGUGACGAUUCCAUUGCAAUGCUAUUCCUUUUCCCAUUUUGUGAUUGGUGCGAGCGGCGCUCCGCCCACGUUAUCACCGGGAUCGGCCGGCUGUGACGCGUGUAUGAUAACAAAGGAAUGCAAUCGAGCGAGAGGAAUUCUUACAUUAUACCAGCCCAGGGCUCGUAUCCACAAAACGUAUUUCGACGAUCUAUAGUGAUAAAGAUCAUCGAGUUAUCUCGCCGAUCUUUAUCACUAUAGCGGCAGGUGGCCGAACGCCGGCCAACGAGCAAGCGUUCUUACCUAAGCGAAGUUUUGUGAACACGGGCCCAGUUUUUUUUUCUUUUCUGUACUUUGCACACUAAAUGUAAACGGAACAGGGUUCUGUGAUCUUUCAAGAGAAACGCGAUACUACAUGGGAAUGGAGAAGCGCAAUGUAUUCAUGCACAACACCGUGGCACUGGUAUGCGCAUGCUUCAGCUGCCAAAUUUCGGAAGGCCGCGCAGCUAAGCCCUUUUAUCUACAUCAAUGCUGAAUUUCCUUUAGGAUGCGCAUUCAGUACCAGCUGAAAGCUUCGACUGGCCGGUGCAAACGCAGUUCGUCGAGAGGCUAUCGGCCGCAGUUUGCCAACCGAGAGCCUCUUUAGAGGUGCUGGCCACGCUGGCUGCAUAGUGUGCUCUGUGUUGUCUCAUGCACCUUGUCGUUGUGACCUGCGCUACAACAAAUGAGAAAAUUGCCUACCAACGUGCCCAUAUAACUACUCUCGUCGACUGCAUAGUAAGGAACAUGUUCCGUGUCGGCGGCAGUGUAUAGGAGUCAAGCUCCCAAGUAAUUUCGUGUUGGGUGCUAACUUUGACGCUAACCAACAACAAACGUUUCUCAUGUAAGGAAACCCUCAUGUAUCUGACCCCGUAAUUGCGGUAAGAAGCUCUUCUUCUCAGCGGGCUUGGCGCUUCACCAUUGCGUAUUGUGUACGCUACUGAUGUAGAGAGUGUCCCGUGUGUACAACAUUAAGAGAUAAUUUGGCAAGAAGCAAAAAGAUUAAUGGCUCAUUUUCAAAUAUUUGGCCACUAUCGUCCUUGCCUGACGAUGAUUUUGUAUGAUUCGUGCGUUUAAGCCCUAUCGGUUGCAGCUCACGCAACGCGACUUCCGAAAUUGAUAUCGCUUUGCGGACAAGCCGUCUUCACUCACUCCGGCUGUUCCCUAUAUCAGUCUGGGGAAUUCUGACAUUUUAACGCAAAACGGGCCGAUUAGUUAAUCGUCAAAUGGAGAUAAGCACUUGUAGUUUUGAACACAGUGCUCAUCGACACUAUAUCAACGAUGUAUUGAAAAGACACCAAACUUAUGGUGUGAUGUGUAGUACAAACAAUAAGAAAGGAAGUUGACAUGGUGAAGCGAAGUGGUCAAGAUAGCCGACAUUAUUCGCGCUAGAGGUGUACUUCGCAUAGACAAUGCCACUGCAUGGCGAUGCUGUGAAUUUCUGCUUUCUCAUAUUCUCAUCACACUGUUGCAGGCUUCUCAAGAAUACCGCUCGAACAUCAACAAUUGCAGUGAUAGUUGACGUUUUGCGUAAUCAGAACAGGCUGCACAGCAAUUCUGGCUUUAUCUGACGAACACAGACACAAAAGAAAUAUUGGACGAAAGAAAAUGCAGCCAGCGUUUCUUCAAUAAACUUAAUAUAGCUUAUUGAAGAUACUCACAUCAUGCGCGCUUUAUUGCUGAAAAAUUGCGUUAUCGAAAGUUUCAAGCAGCAAUGCCAUACACUGCUCUUUUGACCGAACGUAGGAGACCUACGAAAAGUUUUACUCAGGGUGGCAUUUGAGAUCUUCAGUUUUAUUGAGUGUACAGAAUACGCGUGCACCGAGAAUUCCUGAUGCGUUUCACCUGGUGCAGCUCGCAUUUAUAGGUGUUUGAGACGCUGUACUGUACACAAUGCAUGCUCCAGCGCAAUGCUUUGCGGGGCACAGGACAAAUGUUGUUUAUUGCAGGUACGUAUGUAUACGUCAGUACGGGGGCAUCUGUAUUGUAUUACGUUUCACAUUUUGACGUUGUUUGUUGUGUUUUAUUUGUCAUCAUUUUGUAGUUAUAAUCUGUCAUCGUUUCACCAGUAUGCACCGUGUUUUCAGCACACGCUUAGCGCAGACACGAUGGACUUUGCGCAUUCGCGAGCUGGCUUGACUUUGUGCUACAAUUAAAACAAUGUCUGAGCGUGAAAUUUCAGUACGCAUCCCAGCCUCGCGCUUGAGGCUGUGGCGAACGACUACGCAUUGAGGAGUCGCAUCCUGCGUAGUCUGGCAGCUGGUGUAAUGUGUGAUGUUUUUUUGGCAAUUUGAUGAGUGAUUGAUAUUCUGUGUGUUUGAAAGUUCUUUAGUUUCAUGUGCUGUAUAUUACUUUCCUCAGAGAAGCCUCGACGGACCCAUGUAUCCUUGUGGAAAUAUGUACCAUGUAUGCGAAAGCCACGUCGCAGUAAAAGUGUUGCGGGACCUUCCUGUGCUGUAAAUGUAUUGAGCCCUUUAGCCUGUACAUUUGCCAACAAGUCGACUGAGAGGAAAACAAGAGGUCAUUUCUUUCGUGCCACACCAGGUUGUCGUGUACUCAUCACAGAAUGGAAGGAACCCUUCCGUUUUACCUGCUCAUAGGCCGCGUGUAGCUCUCAGAUGUAUAACCCCAUCAUUAAAAAAAUCAUUUUGCCUGGUGCCUACCAGUAGUCCGAAAGCUACUAGUACAUCGAAACCAUCGGUUAUGUAUUUGUACUGUUUGUACCUGUACGUAUUCAGCCAUUUGCCAUGGUUCCAUCGCCAUGUUUUGUUUUUCUUCAGUGAAACAAAUAAACCACAUAAAACAA